CGGAAACGGAAUAGCCUACCUAGCCACCAUCUUGUCUACGUUGCGCAUCCAUCGCAUCGAUCACUUUCUUUUCUUGUGUGUGCGUCGUUCUUUGGUGACGCUACGCUGUUACAGAUACAGUUACAAAUUUCACUAUUGCGUUUUUUACAAAUAUACAAUUUACGGGUCAAAGUGAGUGCGACUGAUAAGUUUUUCAGUGCGUUACAUUUUUACGCUAAUAGCGUCAGGACAAUGCAAAUGCACGGUAUGAACCAAUACGGUAAUCAUAGAGGGUUUGGAGGACCCCCGCAGCCACAAAGGCAGGGUGGUCGUCGUGGUAUGAAUAGAGGAGGUUUUCGUAAUAAUUCAAGAUUUGAGCACAAUCAAAGGAAUCAGAGUCCUGGAGGUCAACGACCCAAUAAUGAAUCUGGGAAGCCACCUCAAGUGCAGCAGAAACAGAAUCAGGUUCAGUCUAAAAAUGAGCCAGCUACUCAACAGGCACCUCAGGCAAAAGCAACAACACCGAUUCAACAAAAACCGGUACAGAACCAGCCUAAGCCUCAACAGCAGCAAAAUCAGCAGCAACAGCAACAGCAACCAGCUCAGCAGCAGCAGCAACCAAAACCGCAGCAACAGCAGCAAAAACCACAGCAGCAGCAGCAACCGCAGCAGCAACAGCAGCAGCAACAGCAGAAGCCUCAGAAUACUCCUGCCAAGCAGGAUUCCCAAGAUAAAGUUGAUAGCGAACAGAAGAACCAGAAUCAGAACAAUCAAAAUCAACAGCAAAGGAACAUGAAUGGAAACUUUGGAGGUGGCAACAGGCAAGGUGGAUGGUCUCAGGGUGGGCCUGGUAACAAACAAGGUGGCAACUUUGGUCAAGGAGGAAAUAAGCCUUUCGGCCAGAAACCUGGAGGUCCAGGAGGGCCAGGUCCAAUCAGGAACCAACAGCGUAACAAUAGAGGUCCAAAUCAAGAUGGCAAACCAUUGCAGAGGGAAGAACAUAUGCUUGCCAACAAACUUAAAGAUUUAGUUGGACCAAUACUUGAUUUGCACCCAAUAGAUCAAACGGAAAUGAAAUUCAAUGGCAGAAGCAGACUGUACAUUGGUAAUUUGACUAAUGAUGUUACUGAGGACGAAAUUCUGAAUCUAUUUACUCCAUUUGGAGAAGCUGCUGAGCUAUUUUUAAAUAAAGAGAAGAACUUUGGAUUUAUCAAGAUGGACUACAGAGUCAAUGCAGAAAGGGCAAAACGUGAAUUAGAUGGGAAGAUGAGGAAUGGCAAGACUUUACGAGUUAGGUUUGCCCCACAUAACAGUGCUAUUCGUGUCAAAAAUUUACCGCCUUUUGUUUCCAAUGAACUACUAUACCGUGCCUUUGAAAUCUUUGGGAAAAUUGAGAGAGCUUAUGUCAGAGUAGACGAGCGCGGGAAAACUCUUGGAGAGGGCGUUGUGGAGUAUGCCCGGAAGCCUAGUGCAUUGGCGGCCAUUCGUAACUGCAGUGAAAGAUGCUUCUUCUUAACUUCAUCCCUUCGUCCUGUUAUUGUGGAGAGCUAUGAGGAACCUGAUGAACUAGAUGGUUACCCAGAAAAGAAUUUGCCUAAGAAGCAUCCAGAAUUCCAAAAGGCUCGUGAGAUGGGGCCUCGUUUCUCAGAAUUGGGAAGUUUUGAACAUGAAUAUGGUACUAGGUGGAAGCAAUUGCAUGAACUUCACCGUCAGAAGGAAGAGGCGCUAAAGAAAGAACUGGCUGCCGAGGAGGAGAAGUUGGAAGCUCAAAUGGAAUAUGCCAAGUACGAGCACGAGACUGAGCUGCUCCGCGAGCAACUGCGGCAGCGCGAGCAAGACCGCGAGCGCCAGAAGCGCAGCUGGGAGAUGGCCGAGCGCGCCGCCGACGAGCGCCGCGAGCAGGAGCGCGCGCAGCUGCUGCGCCAGGAGGAGGAGCUGUCGCAGCGCAUGCGCAACCAGGACGACGAGCUGCGCCGCCGCCAGCAGGAGAACACGCUCUUUGUGCAGGUGAGCACGCGCAGGCUGCUGCGGCGCGAGCAGGAGCGCGCGCAGCUGCUGCGCCAGGAGGAGGAGCUGUCGCAGCGCAUGCGCAACCAGGACGACGAGCUGCGCCGCCGCCAGCAGGAGAACACGCUCUUUGUGCAGGUGAGCACGCGCAGGCUGCUGCGGCGCGAGCAGGAGCGCGCGCAGCUGCUGCGCCAGGAGGAGGAGCUGUCGCAGCGCAUGCGCAACCAGGACGACGAGCUGCGCCGCCGCCAGCAGGAGAACACGCUCUUUGUGCAGGUGAGCACGCGCAGGCUGCUGCGGCGCGAGCAGGAGCGCGCGCAGCUGCUGCGCCAGGAGGAGGAGCUGUCGCAGCGCAUGCGCAACCAGGACGACGAGCUGCGCCGCCGCCAGCAGGAGAACACGCUCUUUGUGCAGGUGAGCACGCGCAGGCUGCUGCGGCGCGAGCAGGAGCGCGCGCAGCUGCUGCGCCAGGAGGAGGAGCUGUCGCAGCGCAUGCGCAACCAGGACGACGAGCUGCGCCGCCGCCAGCAGGAGAACACGCUCUUUGUGCAGGUGAGCACGCGCAGGCUGCUGCGGCGCGAGCAGGAGCGCGCGCAGCUGCUGCGCCAGGAGGAGGAGCUGUCGCAGCGCAUGCGCAACCAGGACGACGAGCUGCGCCGCCGCCAGCAGGAGAACACGCUCUUUGUGCAGGUGAGCACGCGCAGGCUGCUGCGGCGCGAGCAGGAGCGCGCGCAGCUGCUGCGCCAGGAGGAGGAGCUGUCGCAGCGCAUGCGCAACCAGGACGACGAGCUGCGCCGCCGCCAGCAGGAGAACACGCUCUUUGUGCAGGUGAGCACGCGCAGGCUGCUGCGGCGCGAGCAGGAGCGCGCGCAGCUGCUGCGCCAGGAGGAGGAGCUGUCGCAGCGCAUGCGCAACCAGGACGACGAGCUGCGCCGCCGCCAGCAGGAGAACACGCUCUUUGUGCAGGUGAGCACGCGCAGGCUGCUGCGGCGCGAGCAGGAGCGCGCGCAGCUGCUGCGCCAGGAGGAGGAGCUGUCGCAGCGCAUGCGCAACCAGGACGACGAGCUGCGCCGCCGCCAGCAGGAGAACACGCUCUUUGUGCAGGUGAGCACGCGCAGGCUGCUGCGGCGCGAGCAGGAGCGCGCGCAGCUGCUGCGCCAGGAGGAGGAGCUGUCGCAGCGCAUGCGCAACCAGGACGACGAGCUGCGCCGCCGCCAGCAGGAGAACACGCUCUUUGUGCAGGUGAGCACGCGCAGGCUGCUGCGGCGCGAGCAGGAGCGCGCGCAGCUGCUGCGCCAGGAGGAGGAGCUGUCGCAGCGCAUGCGCAACCAGGACGACGAGCUGCGCCGCCGCCAGCAGGAGAACACGCUCUUUGUGCAGGUGAGCACGCGCAGGCUGCUGCGGCGCGAGCAGGAGCGCGCGCAGCUGCUGCGCCAGGAGGAGGAGCUGUCGCAGCGCAUGCGCAACCAGGACGACGAGCUGCGCCGCCGCCAGCAGGAGAACACGCUCUUUGUGCAGGUGAGCACGCGCAGGCUGCUGCGGCGCGAGCAGGAGCGCGCGCAGCUGCUGCGCCAGGAGGAGGAGCUGUCGCAGCGCAUGCGCAACCAGGACGACGAGCUGCGCCGCCGCCAGCAGGAGAACACGCUCUUUGUGCAGGUGAGCACGCGCAGGCUGCUGCGGCGCGAGCAGGAGCGCGCGCAGCUGCUGCGCCAGGAGGAGGAGCUGUCGCAGCGCAUGCGCAACCAGGACGACGAGCUGCGCCGCCGCCAGCAGGAGAACACGCUCUUUGUGCAGGUGAGCACGCGCAGGCUGCUGCGGCGCGAGCAGGAGCGCGCGCAGCUGCUGCGCCAGGAGGAGGAGCUGUCGCAGCGCAUGCGCAACCAGGACGACGAGCUGCGCCGCCGCCAGCAGGAGAACACGCUCUUUGUGCAGGCACAGCGGCUUAACUCUUUGUUGGAUCGGCAAGAACAGGGCAUGUUCGAUCAACAGCAGCCAAUGGAUGGAGGCUUCAGAGACCAGUUCGACAUGCCACGAGGAGGGUUUGACGACCAGAACCGCGGCUGGGACGGACCGCGACAAAUGGACGAUUACCCUAACAAACGCCGUCGAUUCUAAACGUUACGGCUUCUGAGGCCUGAUGGUUCCAGAUCAAAUUAACCCCCAUAUUAUUUGCUAAGCCAUUGAUUAGGUUUCUAAAUGCUUUUGAGUGAAGUCGUUUUGUUACGUUUUAUCACAAAUAUUUAUAUUAGUGGUCCAGAAAACUACGCGAAAAAUCACAAGUUCAAUUUGCUACAACUUCAGGUUUAAAGUAACUACAUAAUAAUGUUCAUACUUUAAUGAGUUUUUAAUUAAUUAUAGAUAUUAUGCCAUAGGCAUAUCACGUCGUGGUUUCAAAGUUUGCCUCCUAAAGUCCAAAAACCUGAUCAAACGAACUUACUCUAAGUGAAGUUUGACCUCAAUUAUCCUUGCUUUGUAGGAAAGAUUUCAAAAAUAAUAUACUAAAUAUUUUUUAUCGUUGGCACUAUAAUUUUUACAUAACCGGUCGUAUUUCAUAAGCAAUCUUAGUAUCUGGAUUCGUAUCUAGUCGCGACAGUAGAAUAUCCUAAAUUUGGGCUAGGUAAGUAAGUAAAAAAUAUUUUAAAUAAUGAUUAAGUUAAUAAUAUCAUAAUAAACUUAGUUAUUUUAACCAUAUUCAAGAAAUCCUGACUUUAAAAAUAUUACUCUUAUGACUUGGGGAAAUAGUUUUCUGGACAUUUUCUUUUAACAAAUUCAUAUUUUGUCUUAUUUGUAUUUAUUUCUGUCGUUACACAUAAUGUAUUAUAGGUUUGUAUUCUUAUAACGGAUCUAAUUGAUGGCGAGUAAUUAAAUUACGGCAUUUGCCCUUAUAAUUAUAAUAUUAGAAGUAAAUAAUAAAUAAAAUAGUUGUAAGAUAAUAAUUUACAUUACGAUAGAUUUAUUGUCACUAAAAUAGGAAAAAACCACCACAAUCUAGGACAUAUUUUUAAAAGUUGAGACUUCAUUACUUAAAUGAAAUUAUAAUUUAUAUUAAAGUAUUAGUUUGAAAUGUGGUUUUUGUUCAUUUUUGUCACAAUUGAUUUUAAUAUUGCCAAGGUAAAGGAGAUAAGUAGGUACUUUGAUAAUUUUGACGUACGACGAAGAAAUACCAAUUGACCAGUAUAUUUCUUUCAUCAGUAUAAAUAUGCGGGGCUAACACGGAUUUAUUAUCAAUUUAUUAUCAAUUUAUUUAUACAGUGUGAGUCACGUUAAAGUGUACAUAUGAAAAUAGAUUAAAUUAGACCUAUUUUUAUCGACAAAAAAGAGGUAAAAAAAUUUUUGAGAUUUUUUUUAAAUUUUUUAUAGAAUUUUUUUUCUUCCAAUUACUUAUUGUAAAGAAAACGUAAUAACUUUUAAACUAAGCGGUAUAUCCUGAUAAAAUAAAAACAGUAAUAAUGCUAAAUAACAGGCAAUACUAAAAAAAUACAUAAAAUACACAGAAAAGGCCAACAAAUAAUAAAAAAUGAUACUUUUUGAAAAAAAUCUGCUUUUAAAUUCGUGUUUUUUUGGUUAUUUGAUAAAUUUCUCAAUCUGAAUAAUCUGAAUAAUGAUCAUUGCAAACGUUGUGAUAGGGAUAGAGACAUACGAUUUUUGGUUUUACGAAGGUAAUACGAUAGAGAAUAAUACAAAGUAAUAAAAACUACCGGUUAUAGGGGCAUUUUUUGGAGAAAUUUAUCAAAUAACAAAAAAAAACACGAAUUUAAAAGCAGAUUUUUUUCAAAAAGUAUCAUUUUUUAUUAUUUGUUGGCCUUUUUUGUGUAUUUUAUGUAUUUUUUUAGUAUCGCCUGUUAUUUUGCAUUAUUACUGUUUUUGUAUUAUCAGGAUAUACCUCUUAGUUUAAAAGUUAUUACGUUUUCUUUACAAUAAGUAAUUGGAAGAAAAAAAAUUAUAUAAAAAAUUCAAAAAAAUCUCAAAAAAAAUUUGACCUCUUUUUUGUCGAUAAAAAUAGGUCUAGUUUCAUCUAUUUUCAUAUGUACACUUUAACGUGACUCACACUGUAUUAUGGGUUUCUGAGAAACUUCGUUAAGGAUCAUGCACAAAUUGAAAUCGUCGAAAGUUAUACCCACGAUUUUGCUUAAUUUUUAUCCGUCACUCCAUGUAGGACUUGACUAAGUAGUUAACAACUGUAUGAUUCCCAAAAGUUUUCUGGAACUAGACUGAAGACAGAAUAUGACGUCUUUCAGAGUCGGUGAACGGACAUUGGUUAAAGUAAAUAAUAUCUAAGAAAAAAAUAUCUUUAUGGCUGGUCACUUCGUCGUACGAACUUUUAAACCACAUCAUAUAAACUCUCAUGCAUUAACGGUAGUUAUUAUAGUAUCCUUCUUAUUAAUAUUAUUGAUAGUAAAUAUCACCGUUUUAACUAUUUGUGGCAUCGCAGACUUUAAAUAAAUUCUUAUUCUUUAAAAUUGAUAUACAAACAUGCGUUACGAACAAUUCUCUGUUCGUAGAACGAUUCUCUUUGUAUAUUUGAGUUGGUUGAUCUGUAAGUUAUUGCGCAAUAUUUUUUUAAAAGAUUAUGUAUUGUAAUUGUAAAGAGUGUAGUAAAGUGUGGCAACACUUAUAAAUAUUUCGUAAUUUGUCUUUUUUAUUAAUAAAUUAAGAUUACACAUAGUAUCAA